AUGACUCCGUGGGGUCUCCGCUUCUUUAUCCUUUGUCCCCCACACUCUCUUCUCACUGCACCUGUGAACAUGGGCACCGGCGAACCGCUCCAGCUUGCACCAGUGGAGAAUGCAGAGGGAAUCCAGUCUCUGCUGGACGAACAUGGAUUGGAAUAUACCCUCAAUGGAGAAUUUAUUCGCUGGUCCGUCUCGAAUAAACGGCAUCCACGCAAUUGGCCCGCGUCAAGAAAGAUAUAUGAUACAGGGUUGAUUAUUUUCUUGGAUUUGUUCACGACGUCUGUUAGUACAGCGGGUAGCUCAGCAGCCGAUCACGCCCGCCAUGAAUACGGUAUUGACAAGACACUGGCGAUUUUUCUCUUCGUCUCGCUCUCCCUCCUCGGCCAAAUGAUCGGCGGUAUCAUCUUCCCAGCCUGGUCCGAGGCCUUUGGACGCAAAAAGCUCUACAUCGUCAGUACAGGCCUGUACAGCGUCUUCUGUUUGAUUGUCGGCAUUAUCCCGUCUCUCGCGGCCGUCGUCGUCGGCCGAUUCUUCUCCGGUUUUCUAUCUGCGAUUCCCGCCAUCGUCGUCGCGGGGAGCAUUGAGGAUAUGUACAACUCGAAAGAUCGCGUCUGGCUCAUCUUUCUCUGGGCCAUUGUCGCGAAUAUGGGCCUUGCGCUUGGUCCAAUUAUGAGUAUUUACAUCACUGUCUCGCUCAGCUGGAGAUGGGUCUUCCGCAUCGCAGCAGCCGUAACAGCGCUGGUCACAAUCCUCCUCCUCUUCAUCCACGAAUCGCGCCCGUCCUCCGUGCUCGAAAAAGAAGUUGAAAAGAUCCGGCAGGCCACCGGCAUCACCACCCUAAAAGCUCUCAACCCAGAUCACACGCCCGACUUAAAAACCUUCGUCCGAAUAGGCCUCUUCCGCCCAAUCCAACUUUUCUUCACAGAACCAAUCGUCUUCAUGGUUGCUACCAUGUCUGCCGUCGCCUUCGCCCUAAUCUACCUCUUCACCGAAGCCCUCCCCCCAAUUUACGUCUCAAUGGGCUUCUCAGAUACAUCCGCCUACCUCCCGUUCCUGGCCAUCUGCAUCGGAUUACUCAGUGGAAUGCUAACCCGCAUCCAAGACAUCCGCAUAAUACAAAAAUACAAAGACCAGAACAUCCCCCUCGAACCAGAACACAAACUCCUCGGCUUCUCGAUCGGUGCACCGAUCCUCGCAGGGGGUUGUGGUGCCUCCCUUGUACUCAUCGGGUACGCGGUGAACGAGUUUGAUUCUGUAUUAGCCGGGUAUCUUGCGGAUAGUUACAUGGGCUAUGCAGCGAGCGGAUUUGCGGCGGUGCAGUUGCUUAGGUCGAGUAUGUCUGCUGCGUUUCCGCUGUUCGCGACGGAGAUGUUUGAGGGGCUGGGCGCGAAUGUUGCGUCAUCUAUUUUGGCGGCUUUUGCGACGUUUUUUUGUGUUCUGCCCCCACUUUUUAAUCGGUAUGGACGGCGCAUUCGGGGGAGGAGUAAGUUUGCGAAGUAUAGUUUGGAGGUUUAUAGGGAGAAUGGGGUUGAUAAGAAUGGGUAUUAG